GUUUGUCUGAUUUAUUUCUCCUGUUUCCAGUCAAAGUGGAACUUUUUCUCACCAUAACACCCAAACCACACUCUCCCUCACCAGCUAUAUAGACUGAAGAGUGAGGUGAGAUCUGCACUAAUAAAUAAGCCUGCUCAUUUGACCAUCAAUAUCUUCAUCAUCUUCAUCAUCAUCAGCAGCAGUCAUGAUCUCUUGUUCUCUCCUGCUGGUUCUCGCCUGCAUUCAGCUCUUCACAACAGCCCAGUUUGUAGUUGGACCAGCUCAGUGCUGUUUCAGAUUUCUGACAGGACAAAUCCCUGCAAGAGUCAUUACAGACUAUAAUGUAACAGAUCCUGAGUGUCUAAAUCAUGGAGUCAUCUUUACUCUACAGGACGGUCGUCAUGUGUGUGCAGAUCCCAAAGACAAGUGGGUGAAGGAUCAAAUUAUCAGAAUUGGGCAGCGUCUGAUUAACAGCCUGAACAACACUGAAGAUGUAGAUGGACCAGAUCAGUGCUGUUUCAGCUUUCAGAUACGACCAAUCCCUAUAAGAGUCAUUACAGAUUAUAAAGAAACAGAUAUUCUGUGUACAAAACCUGGAGUCAUCUUUACUCUACAGGACGGUCGUCAUGUGUGUGCAGAUCCCAAAGACUUGUGGGUGAUGAAUCACAUGUACACAAUUGAGCAGCAUCUGUUUUACAGCCUGAGAAACACUAAAGUUGUAGUUGGACCAGAUCAGUGCUGUUUCAGCUUUCAGAUACUACCAAUCCCUAUAAGAGUCAUUACAUAUUAUAAAGAAACAGAUAUUCUGUGUACAAAUCCUGGAGUCAUCUUUACUCUACAGAACGGUCGUCCUUUGUGUGCAGAUCCCCAAGACACGUGGGUGAAGAAUCACAUGAACAGAAUUGACCAGCUUCUGCUUAUUAAUCUGAACAACACUGAAGAUGCACUUGGACAUUUUCGGUGCUGUGUGAGAUUUCAGACACAACCAAUCCCUGUAGGAGUCACUACAGAGUAUAGAGAAACAGAGCUUCAGUGUCUAAAACCUGGAAUCAUCUUUAUCCAGAACGAUGGCCGUCGUGUGUGUGCAGAUCCCAAAGUUGAGUGGGUGAAGAACAACAUAAACAAAAUUGAGCUACAGUUUUACCUUCUGAAAAUGAAAAAUGAAGAGAUUAUCAAACCAGUUUUACCUGCUUCAGACAAAAUUGAACAGCCUGACAAACCAGUUUUAAUCACCUCAGAUAAUAUAGAACAGCCUGUUACUACUGAACAAGUUUCUACUUCAUCAGCCAGUCAGGACUUGGGUAUGGACACAAGUGCAGCUAAAAGUCAUCCAACUCAGCAAGAUGACUCAGAGGAAUUGGAGUCUGGAAAGACAGAUUCUCCUGUCACACUAACUAUGGUUAAAAUGGAGGAGUUUUGUAUUGCUUCACAUACUGGAGGAAAGUGAACAACCAAAAGCUGGAGCCAUGUUUGUGUGUGGUCCAAUUUCAUCUUAGUUGAAUUAAAAAGACGUUUAUGUGUCUAACACAAAUUCAUAUACUUUUAUACACAAAUAACAAAAUAUUUACUGUAGGUACACAAUUACACGCACAUUCAUG